CAUUUAAUCACAUUUAAAUUUCAUAGAAAUAUCAAGUUAAAUUGAUCCAUAGAAAUUUUACAAAUAUGGUGAAGAGUGAAGGUGUUUUUCUUCUGGUUGCGGCUCUCUGCGUCCUGUCGUUGGCAGGCGUAGCUGACGCCCUCCACUACAACCACUUCCAAGUCCAGGGCACGGUGUACUGUGACACUUGCCGCAUACAGUUCAUUUCUCGUGUUAGUACCAUGAUGGAAGGAGCAACUGUGAGAUUGGAGUGCAGGAACCUGACUUCAGGUGUCGAAACCUUCAAAUCCGAAGCUGUAACCGACAAGGUAGGGAUGUACAACAUCAAGGUCGAUGGUGACUACGAGGAAGAUAUCUGUGAAAUCGUUUUGGUUAAAAGUCCAGACAAAGAAUGCAGCGAAAUCUCUACAGACGUUUAUGCCAAACAAUCCGCUAAGCUCAGCUUAACAUCCAACAAUGGCGAAGCUACUGACAUUCGCAACGCUAACCCUCUUGGAUUCAUGAAGAAGACUCCUCUUCAAGAGUGCCCUGAAGUUCUCAAGGAGUUGGAUAUCAUUGAUGCUCAAGGUCAACCACAACUUGGCCCUAAUUGAAGUGUGAAAUAAUUUAUGUUUAUUUUUUUUAUUUUAAGUUAUUUAGAGGUAAAGUUUUAUUUCUAUUAAGAAUUUGAAACUAGCCUUGUAUCAAUGAGAAUUUAUGUAUUGUGUUUGGGAGUCUAAGAGCAUGUGCUAGUCAUAUAUGUAUGUUGUUUUUUCUUUGGUUGUUGCUUAUUUUGGAGGAAUCUUAAUGUAAACCUUGGUGUUCUCUAUGUGUAUUUCCUUCUCUUAAUCAUUUUAUUCCACAUAUAUGUAUGGGUUGUAAAAAUACUUUUGUAUAUUUAACAUUUAAGAAAUAAAAGGCACAAGUAUUAUUUGUCUAUAGAGAAUCAUAUUGAAAUAUACAAUUAUUUAGUUAUAUUGUACUCCCAUGGUUUUUGCAGCAGGAAUGAAUUGUGAAUUUUUUGAUUUCAACACCAUCUAUAUGCUUGAAAUUUAACUGUUUACUGGAGAUACCUACAACCUAAGGGAAGUAGAGGUAGACCAAUAAAGAAGAGGAAGAAGAAGUGAGUGUAACGGCUAGUAG